UAUAUAAGCAUCUGUGUGGGAGAUUCUUAAUUCGAUCUUCAUCUCUCCCUUGGUUUCAAACCUCCGGUCGCUCGUCGUUCUACAAUAGCAUAUUGCCUAAUCAUCGGGUGAUGAAGCUUGGCUGGCGCCACAAGCUCAAGCCUCCAUCUCUGGGGCACAGUUAGUGCCUCCCCCAUUCUUGUUGUCUCAGUCAGCAAUUCCGGUUACUUAAAUUCUUCCAAUUAGAAUAUGGAAUUCGUAUAAUUGUUUGCAGUAUUCUUGCCUGUAGCUAAAAGCACUAACGCUAAAUGGAUCUAUGGAUAUGGACGAGGAUCUUCCCCAAGGGAACGUGGGAAUAGCAUGGCUCAUAACCGGCCAUCAAGCGUUAGCCAAGAGUACAAGGCAGCCCUCAGAACAGAUUCGUACGUGGAACUCUGGAAUAAAGUCCAGUCCCAGCUCAUGAGAUCGACGAGCAUCGGUCUCCUCACCUCGGUGUCCUCAAGAAACCUCUUCAUAGACCACUUCUCCAAUACCCUGCUUGAGCCAGGCAGAGAAACUUUGGCAGGCAUGAUCAAGAACCUGCGCCUCCAUCACCUCCUUGUGGAGUACUUCGAGGCGAGCUCCGAAGCGUGUGACGUUUGUCAGCUCCUUCUCAUCGGGGUUUACCAGACUAGAGUGAACUACAAGCGGAUUAGGAAGGUCAUCAAGCUGACUCGCAGGGCCAACGACUGCUCAAGUAAUUAUACCGACUGUCAGUGCAAAGUCAUCUCCCGAGAACUUGGAGCAUUCUCAUCGCUAAGGAAUCCAUUAUCAGUUGUCAGCCCAGUGCAGUUCCAUGAUAUGAAUGAAAGCUCCACAAUCCUCCUCCAUGAGCUCAUUGAGAAGCGUGAGAGGAUCAAGAGGAAAGCGAAGCUGGCUAGAUUCUGUGAGCAAACCGGAAGUUGCUGCCUGGUUGUCUCGUGCGGGGUAAUGGCAAUCGCAUCAUUCGUGCUUGCGGCCCACGGUGUGCUUCUGGCAGUGGCUGUCCCAGGGCUAAUAUCUUCGUGCUUCGGCUUAGGGCUCUUCCCUACUAAUAAAAAGAAAGCGAUCAAUGACAGCCCACUGUCAACAUUUUCAACGAAAUGGAAUAAGAAUAAGAGCCACAAAAACAAGAGGCUGAGAGUACAGCUCGAUGUGGCAGCGAAAGGGCUUUACGUACUGCUCAACGACAUGGGCACAAUGGGCAGCCUCCUGGGGAGGCUGCAAGAUGAGAUCGAGCACACCCUAGAGUGGGCUGACAUGGGAGCUAAGAAUUCAAAGAGCGAUAAGAUUCUCAGGGAAGUCAUCAGGGAACUCGACUUGAACUGUCUAUGCUUCAUGGAGCGGCUAGAGGAGCUCGAGGAACACAUCUACCUGUGCCUCCUCACCAUUAACAAAUCCAGAAGGUCUCUCCUUCAAGAGAUAAUGAUGUCCUCUCCAAGGCAAGAGGAUGGCAAAUGACUAUCGGGAACAUUGAUCGAUGUUCGGGAUUGCCCUGAUACAAUCUACUGAUUCGUGAUUCACUAAAAUUUGACAUCAAUUCGUUCCUUUUCCAUUAACAUAUUAGGUUGACCAUACUCAGAGUCAAUAUUAUUCUCUGUGACUUUCAUUAAACCUGAAACUACCGCGUCUUGUAUCUGCUUCUAUUGCCAUGACUUGGGAUCGUCGAGUUUAAUUAAGCGAGGGGGACUAAAUUGGGUCUGAUGAUGAGUUGGCCCUAAUCAUACUAUUCAGAAGAAUCAUAUAUUGAUUCUUUGGCUAUUCGGUUCAUUAGCGUUGAUUUGUCUUUUUAUUCAUUUUCAACGCAAAAAACGUGCCUUGGAUGCAUUUACAUCAUGCGCGUUUCUAUGAACUGUGAUGUAAUGCUAUCAGCAGAGAGACAUUUUAUUUUACUUUUUUAGAAUUAAUUGGAUUAGUGCUUUGGCAUGUUAGAUAUCAUAUCAAUCUUAAGCAAAUUUUUAUUUUCAAUUA